AUGACGGACAACGCACCCAGUGUGCCUUACCAGGCCUACCGCUCUAAACGACACUCUUAUACGUCUAAUGCGCAAGUUAGAACCAUCACCGUUCCCGCCGCGUCACCUCCGACUUCCCGACCAACAAGCUUAUUAGUCCCCGCCUCACCUCCAGCCGUUCAGAAUGGAGUCUCUGCUUCUGAGAAAGACAGUCCAGUGAUUGAGAUAUCAACACCUGAAACUAUCGACCUUCCGAAAUCGCCUCCACUUCCUGUUGUCGUCCUAAACCCUUCCCCACCCGCGUCGCCUAUCACCGAGCCAGAACCUCCUUUAGUCAACGGCUCACCCACAACUCCCUCUCCACAACUUCCCAUCGAACCACCAUCCUCACCUGCCGCUUCAUCUUCUACAGCUUUACCAGACGAUAAGCCCCGCAAGACCUCUACAUUUCGUCGUGUCCCACGCGCGCCACGGACACCAUUACCCUCUUCUCCGUUAGCUGGUGGUCACACACGAACUAUUUCCAGCUCAUCACUCGGUUUACCCGCUGCACGAUCCCCCCUCGUGGCCGAGCACUCCCAACGACCAGCAUCCGUAUUUGCCGAAUCAUCAUUGUCUUCUUCCCCGUCCCGGCCAUCACCGCUUCCAUCCUUGGUUGAAAAUCGCAGACAUUCAACCCCACUCAACGCCGAUGCGGUAGCAGCCACGCUAGCCACCACUGUGGUUCCUCCUCAGCGAACGUCAUCAUUGCAGCCAACAUCACCUGCAAGCAUCUCUCGCGCUUCUUCUGCGACAAUAUCUCGCCAAACAUCUCCUAGCCCAGCACCUCCUUCGCCCUCAGCGUUGAGUCCACCCACUCCUCCUCGGCAAACAUCAGCGCCAUAUCGACCAGGUUUCCAGCCCAAGGGCGUCUAUCGCCCAAGAACUGACGAGUUCAUUGCUCAUCGACAAGCUCAUGCUGUGUCAGCUGGCUAUGCCUCAUCUGAAAGGACAAAAUUGGAACGACGGUUAGAAAAACUCAUUUCUCUUCAUUUCCCCAAUGAAGCGAAAAGGCGUCCUGGUAUGCUACCGCAAGCAACUCAGAGUCGGCGUGCUUCUUCGUUUUUUGAUAUUGACAUCAAGAGUAUUUUGAGUGGGGGCAAGGAGGAUACUCGAUCUGCUGAACAACGGAUAACUCCGUGGGAAGAAGAUUCAGCCGUAAGCAAGUGCCCUUUGUGUCUGGCCAACUUCCACCAGCUCACCAAUCGAAAGCAUCAUUGCCGAUUAUGUGGACAGAUAAUAUGUGCGCAACCGGUGAAACGACCUCAACGACCGCAAUUAUGCUCCAUUCUGUUCGUUGUCGAUCCCAAGACGCGAGAGAUUGAAGAAGUGGGUGAGGGUGUUGACUAUGGUGUACGGAAGCGGAAGACCUCAACUGUCGGCGGUCCAAUACCACCUCAGGAACUUGCAGAGGAAGAGAAGUUUCUACGAGGCGUCAGAAUAUGCAAUCAGUGCCGGCCUGUGUUGCUACGACAGCAGUAUCACCAGCAAGCUACUCAUGUCCCGACGUUCGUCAGGCUUUACGAUGCUUUCAUUGCUCUGGAGAAGGAGAUUGAAGACUCUCUACCGCAGUUCCAAGAAUUGAUUCUUAGCCUGACUCAUGAUUCUCAGCCUACGAAAGAAGCCUCCGCCGCCAGAAAGCGGUUGCUUGAAGCGUUCGCGCAAUACGACGCGAUUGCAAAGCGGAUACGAAACCUCGCUGCACCCAACGGCGGGUCACAGGAACGAGUCCAGAUCGCAGUCAUGACGCGGGCAAAUCUGUUCUUACAGAAGAACAUGUUCCCUCUCCAGUCUCUGCCUAUGCCCAAACGCGCAAAUACGGCAACCUCGGCAACCCCAGUAGCCGUCGAAGAGGAAGAAGACUUGAUCGACCCGUCGUCUGCUACAGCACUGGCGCUCCAGCCGUUACUGGAGCAAGAGGCGCUGUUGGAGACGUAUGUCGAGGAGGCAAAAGCUCAACGGAAAUUCGAGGAUGCAAAAACGUUGCGGGUCAAUUUGGGCGAGAUUCGUGCAGAAAUUGAGCGGUUGCUUGCUGCAGAGGGGUUGAAAGGGCGCAAGGUGAAGAAGGCAAGGUGA